AUGCAGAGCCUGCCAUAUUUCUCCUUCUAUAAGACAGUCAGCCUCUCAAUGACCUGUAAAAAACAGAAGAUAGAGCGAUCAAAAGAAAUCAAGAAAGAAAGACAAGCCAUGGAUGCCAAUGCAAUUGCUGUCAAAGAGGAAGUUCAACAAAUUGACGAUGAGCAAAAGCUUCCCCUACUCCAAGAUACACCUGAUACAGUGGACAGAAAUCCAAUACAGCAAGCCAUUAGCCAGACAUUUCAGAGCACGGCUCACUUGGCCAAGUUACUACCAACUGGAACAGUUAUGGCCUUCCAGCUUCUCGCACCAAUUUUCACAAACCAGGGUGAAUGUGAUUCAGUGAGCCAAACAAUGACUUCCAUCCUAAUUGCUCUUUGUGGGUUGUCAUCUUUCCUACUCAGCUUCACUGACUGCUUCAAGGAUGACGAUGGAAAGAUUUACUAUGGGUUUGCCACUUUCAAGGGUCUAUGGGUGAUAGAUGGGUUAGCAACACUCCCACCUGAGCUCGCUGCCAAGUACCGUCUCCGGUUCAUAGAUUUUCUGCAUGCUUUCAUGUCAGUAUUUGUCUUUGCAGCAAUUGCCUUAUUUGACAAGAACACGGUUCAGUGCUUAUAUCCAACGCCAUCAAAAGAGACUCAAGAGAUUCUAACAGCACUGCCGAUUGGAAUAGGAGUCCUUUCCAGUAUGCUGUUUGUAGUGUUCCCUACACAGCGCCAUGGAAUCGGCUUCCCCUUAACUUCUAAUUGAUCAAUUGCAUGUCAUGUCUUAAGCAUGUUUAUUUCUGCCGUGACUAAUCUCAGCUUGCCGCGACCUCAAUGCACUCAUCUAUUGUUUAGAUCUCCACUGACCUGUCUAAUGUUUCACUGAAACGUGUAUGAAUGAAAUUAAUCAUCAAUUCACAGGAAACUUGACACGAAUAUGACUCUGCAAUAGAGACAAACAGCUAAUGUGUGGUAUUGUACAGUACUCUUAUCAUUAUUAUGAAUUUUCCAUGGAAAAAGCUCACAAUUUGUCCAAAAAUGAAAGAUAACAGGAAGUUACAAUGCAAUGAAUUAAACUUCAAAAUAAAGAAAAGAAAAGGUUUUAGUCUGCAUUUCAGUUUCAAGAAAGUAUAACGAACACCUGACAACUAAGAAAACCAAUAAUCUUAUUUGUGCUGGAGAGUCACUAUAUAAUAAAGGACCCUGGAUAUUUCUUUUACGGCCACAUCCCACGAAGACACUAAUGAAUCUACAACUCUCGUCACAUUAAUUUGCAUCCAGUUCUUAACAUUCCACGGGCUCCUUUCCUUAAUUACUUUUAUAUGAUUCUGCAA